CCAAAUCACAACAGAAAAGCAACCACAAAAAAAUAUAAUUUUAGCUUCUAUUAGCCUUUUGCCAGAGCAAGUUUUCAUUCACCAAUCAUCUUGCAGUAUCAGAUUCCAACCAAAAAACACCAAACUAACACUUCUAUAAAUUAUAUGCCCCAUCACAUUAUAAACUCUAAAUUCAUAUUCAAGCAUGAGAUUCCUCACAUACAUAAUAAUUUCCAUUCUCUUUCUUUCUCAAUACACAAAUGGCUCGAAGUCGAACCUUAUCGUUCGAUCUUGUAGAGAAGCCUCCAAGAAUGACCCGAAUUUGAGCUAUGAUUUCUGCGUUACAUCCCUAUAUGAAUCUGCUUGCAAGGAAAAACUACAUCCGAAAAAACUAGAAGAUCUCGUGAGCAUGUCAAUUCAACUAACCAAGUCCAAUGGAACAAACAUCAUUUCCAUAAUUUCACAUGACUUGCAAAACCAAACUCAUGGCGAAUAUGUGAAGGCUUGUUUAAAAGAUUGUUUUGAUCUUUACAAUGAUUCCCUUGAAUCUUUAGAUAAUGCUAUGGUUGCUUUCAAUACGUCCAAGGACUUGGACACGGCGAAUAUCAACGUGAGCGCCGCCUUGGAUGAUUCGGUUACAUGUGAAGAUCAGUUCAAAGAAAGGAAAGAGGAAAAUGAAACUUCUCCUUUAACACAAGAGAAUCAUGUUUACUUUCAACUCAAUGUAAUAUCUUUAUCUUUUAUUCAAAUGAUUCGUCAACGAUACUAGCUAGCAACACUCUUGAGAAGAAGCUUAUACAUAUGUUGACGUUGAUGUUAUUAUAAAUAUAUACUUCUUUAUUUGUAAGAAGAUUGUAUUGAGAAUGAAAUUGUAAGUGUGAUGUUUUUGAUAUGAAAGAAUAUAUAUUUUUUUUUUGAAGACAUAUGUUAGAAUAUUAGACAUUGGUUGUAUUAAUAUUUUUCUUGUAAGGUGUGUUCUAUAAUACAUUGCGUGAGGAUAAAAACCAAAGUUUUGGA